UUACCAGAAAAGCUUUCGUUUUCAGGAAUGGCUCUUACUUCAUCUUCUUCCCCUGCUUUCUUCACCUCAUCAUCAAAACCCCUUCUUUCAUCAAAAAAUCACAAUGCAAAUAUCAACCCUUUUUCAGUACAAAAUGCCAUGUUCCUCAAACGGAGGACUAAAGUUUCAUUCUUUUCUGGGGUUUUCACACAAGAGAAAGAUGUCAAGAGCCUCAAAGAUGAGCUUUUUGAUGCCAUAGCACCUCUCGAUCGUGGCGCUGAGGCUACCGCUGAGGAUCAAGAGCGUGUGGGUCAGAUAGCACUCAAACUCGAGGCGGUGAAUAAGAUAAAGGAGCCUCUCAAAUCCAACUUGUUGAAUGGAAAAUGGGAGCUUUUGUACACAACAUCCCAGUCAGUUCUGCAAACAAAGAGGCCAAAGUUCUUGAGACCCAAUGGAAAGAUCUACCAGGCACUCAAUCUGGAUACUCUCAGGGCUCAAAAUAUGGAAACUUGGCCAUUCUUUAAUCAGGCCACUGCUAAUUUAGUUCCUAUAAAUCCAAGAAGGGUAGCUGUUAAAUUCGACUAUUUCAGAAUUGCUGGUCUGAUACCAAUUAAGUCACCCGGAAGUGGCCGGGGUCAGUUGGAGAUCACAUACUUGGAUGAAGAGUUACGAAUAUCAAGAGGUGACAGAGGGAACUUGUUCAUUUUGAAGAUGGUCGAUCCAUUGUAUCGAGUCCCUCUCUAGCUGCUAUAAAGUUUAACGACCAAGACAUUUGUAUGCAUACAUGCCGUAUGAAAUUUUGAUGCGAUCGGUUCGAUAUAAAUGUGUAUUGGACACAUGCUGGUUCGACUAUCGGUUCGGUUUUACGUAAAAUAGUUUAUUGUAUUACAAAGAGUACAAGAAAAACGAUUGCAAAAAAAGCAUUACCCCGAAACUACCAUAUCAUAGCCUAUAAACCA